GCUAUCGAAUCCUUGAACGGUCAAUUAUGCCGGUAUUUCAUGACGCGUUGAGUAGUGUUGAGGAUGCACCUACAGGGUACCUGAAACCAUAGUGAGAGAGAGAGAGAGAGAGAGAGAAAUUUCAUGAAGAAAAGCGUGUGGAAUAUAAACAACCUAACCUCCAGUUUUUGUUUGCAUCAUCGUCAGCUACCGAUAUCUCUGAAAGUUCCUGCGGAAAAUGACAUAGAAAAGUGGAACAAAAAAAAGAAGUAAAAAAGAAGUGCUACUUUUCGAAAAACGAAAAACAUCUAUGAAACCAAGGGAAAGUCUUCAAACCAACAAUCACGGUAGUAGACAUAAAGCGGUAAUUCACGUUUCACAACGAUGUAUCAGCGAACACUGUCGACUAGAACGAAACCUUGCCUAUUUCGGUUGUUAACCUGGUAUCGUGCAAACAAGUUCUCCGAUUCUACUGCUGCGAGGGACAGCGUUGACAAUCCAUCAACCGCAAGCUCAUCGCAGAACGAAUCUUCCGAGAGCAACUUCGAGAUCUCAUCCACGGGUGAGGAGAACAUUGCUCGUCUGCUGAAGGAAUCAGCCACUUACAACGAUGUCAAGGACAAGAGCUGGUCGACGAGUCCCUAUCCUGCCGGUGUUCCAUCCUCCAUUGGGACCGAAGAAUCCGCGAAGCCAAAGAUCGACCCAUUGGAUACCUGUGUCUUGCUAUUUCCCGGACAGGGUACCAUCAAGGUUGGCUGGGCACAAAAAUACUUGCGCUUUCCGCAAGCAAAAGAAUUAUUCGAGAUAGCCAAUGAGGUUCUCGGCUAUAAUUUGCUGGACCUGUGUCUGAAAGGCCCUCAGGAAAAAUUGGACAAGACUCGCUUCAAUCAGCCAGCCACAGUGGUGGUCUCGUUAGCUGCAUUGGAGAAACUGCGCGAGGAGAGGCCUCGGGUAUUCGAGACUUGUAAAAGUGCCGCCGGCUACAGUAUAGGGGAACUGACCUCCUUGAUCUUCUCAGGCGCGUUGACCUUCGAGGAUGGUAUAAGGCUGGUCUCUGUCAGAGGCACUGCUAUGGAAUACGCGUCUAAUAUAACAUCUCAGGGAAUGGUGUCGGUUUAUUGUACCCCAGAAGCCAAAGUACACGAGGCUUGCCAGAACGCGAUAAAGUGGGCGCGCGAUAUAGGAGUUGAAAAUCCAACUUGUCAGGUAGCUAUUUAUUUGUGCACCCAAUCGAAAAUACUGGCUGGAAAUAAGGAGGCUCUCGACUACAUAAUGCAGAAUAGCAAGAAAUAUGGGCUGAGAAACUUGAGGAGGCUGCCCGUGUCAGGUGCGUUCCAUACAAGAUUGAUGGAACCUGCGCUCAAGUCCUUUCGUAAAAUGCUUAACACAGUGGAAAUAGACGAGCCCAGAUGUCAAGUCUAUUCCAAUUACAAGGGAUAUAGAUACGGCAAUGCGAAAUUAAUUAGACGGUACUUGCCGAAACAGAUUAUCUCAUCCGUCAAGUGGGAACAGACUAUGCAGUCUAUAUACACCAGACCUGCAGGCACGGCUUUUCCGCGAACCUUCGAUGUAGGAUCGGAGGGAAAGAUGAAAUCGAUCUUGAAAUUAAUUAACAUGAAGGCAUAUGACCAUUGUAUAGCCGUCUGAUUUAUGUAUAUAUCUUUCGACGAUGCAGAAAGAAACCAAUACAUUUAACAAUAGUACAAUCUUGUA